UGAAGAGCAAUGGACGGGAGUGGAUUUGCGUUUCCAGCCGGCAUUUACCUGUGAGAAUUACCUGUUACGUGUUUAGAAGUCAAUUCAUUAGUGGCAGGUGAAGGUGGAUGGCGCGGCGCUGGGUGACGUGGAUUACCAGACCCUGUGUGAGAUAGUGGAGACAGGAGUGGUGGAGAUUUCGAUGCUGAAGGAGGGAAAGAGAAGAAAAGGAAGGAAAAGAUAGAAAGAAGGAAGGAAGGAAGGGAGAUUCGAGGCGGUGUUGUCUUCUCCCUGUGUGACGACUCUUCAUGGACAUCCGAACCAGGAGACCCCGCUUGAGAUGACGAUGUCUGGCGAAGAGCCGGAGCAGGAAGGUCAGCUGUCCUCGGCGGGGGAGGCGGCCGAGAAGGAGGACACGGAGACCCUGGUGGGCCACAGCAGCCUGGAGGAGGAGGAGGAGGACGAGGAGCAUCAGCAUGGCCAGCAGGAGGACGGGCGGCGGCGGCGGCGGCGGCAGCACCAGCACCAGCAGGGGGCGGCGGGCAUGGAACAGCUCACCUACAGCAGGAUGGCCCACCUGCUGGCCGUCUACCAGAACAAGGUGCAGGAGAGCCGGCGCGUGAUCGCCGGCCUGAGGCGGCAGAAGGACACGCAGCUGCAGGCGGUGAUCAGUCAGCUGCUGCUGCUGGAGGCGCGGCUGCGGCGGGAGCAGAAGGGUAUCGUGGGGCAGCUGGCGCAGCGCGACCACGUCAUCUCGGCGCAGCGGCAGGAAAUUGACCGUCUGCGACGCGACAACCGCCGCCUCAUCAACAGGCUCAAGAAGGUGAGCGAGGCCUCAGCGUGCGAGGCGGAGUGCCGCGAGCCACGCCUCAAGGUGAGCCGCGUCGAGGCUGAGGACGGUGCCUACUCCGGCCCAGGGGGACACGCCUCCUCGCCCCCGGGUCGCAAGUCCUCGGCCGGCGUGAUCCGCGUCGCCACCAGCGUGUCAGAGCUCAUCAGCGGCAGCACCACCAGCACCAGCACCAGCGGCGGCGGCAAGGAGCGGCACCACGCCAAGAUCUCGCCCGCCGUGUACCAGGUCAGCGUGCGUGGCUGCGGCGGCGAGGGCGGCCAGCGGGCGGCGCCGCCCGUCAACCCCAACGUGGCGCUGAUCCGCGCCACCACGGACCGCGUGUUCCACAAGCCGCCCAUCGCUGAGAAGCCCCGCACGGCGGCGGCGCGGGCGGGGCGGGGCCAGCUGCCGCCCCACCGCACGCAGCACAUCGUCAGGAGCUACAACGGCAAGUGCACCAUCGUGUCCACCAUCAGCCGCCUGCUGGAGGAGGAGUCCGACGCCAACACCACGGGCAGCAGCGAGCCCUCCUCCCCCGAGGCCACCCUCAAGCCGCCCACGCCGCGGGUCAUCCGCCUCGCGCGCCGCUUCGAGGAGGGCCUGUCCCCGACACCGUCUCAGCAGCAGCAGCAGCCCGUGGUCUCCGACGCCGCCAGCUCCCCAGACUCGGCGCGCCGCGACGACCGCAGCACCAAGUCCUACAUCAUGGACGAGUACGAGGUGACGAGCGGCUACAACAGCGACGCGGUGAGUGACCACGAGUACGAGAACAUCCAGAUGGUGAGCUGCCGCGACACCUCCCCCGCCGGGAAGCUCCAGCACUCGCCGGGGAAGGGCAAGGUGGGCAGUGGAGCCGAGGAGGGCGAGGAGCGGGAGGACGGGGAGGAGGAGGAGGACAACUAUGUCAUACUGAGGGCCGUGACGGAGAACCCCGACUCUGACUCCGGCCACUGGGUGGAUGUUCCUGAUGACCAACACAUUUACUCCAACGUGGAAUUCUCCUCGGGACUCUUGAUCAAGGACGUGGAGGAGGUGGACGAGGCGGAGGAUACACUGGUGGAAGAGGCGGAGAGGGAGAGGGAGAGCCACCGGAGCCCCGAGAACGCCAGGAACACUCGGAGAAAUGCCAGGAACCGCAGCCCCAGGAGUCCGUCGGGGCGGGGCAUACUGGAGACCAACCUGGACGCCUCCCCUGAAUCGCCACCAACGUCUGAGGGGCGGCACCAUCAUGGGCACCCCGAGACCCUUCGCGCCGCCAAGAAUGUCCCGCGCUCCCGCCACAAUAUCAAUCUCAUCAUGGAGACCGACGGUGACCACAUGACGGAGAACUUUGAGGAGUUCACCCUCGAUUCGCUGGAGCUGGAGGAGGAGCGGGAGAGGGAGGAGGAGGAGGCCGGGGAGCGGGGGAGAGGGAAGGAAAACCGGCCUGUCCAUGAGCUGAGGAGGUGUGGAGAUGGAGCGGAGACAAAGGACGGGCGGGGGCGGGAGGAGGCGCAGCGGGAGGCCUUGGAGAACCUGGUGGGCGGCGUGACCUCCCAUAGUGGCUCCAACAGUGGCCAGUACGAGAAGUUCCUGGAGGCGACGGGACUCAGCCAGAAGUCCAUCCUCACCCCCACACGCAUGUACUACAACCACCGGUCCGUGCUGAAGCCAAGGGACGUAAAGCACCGCAACAAGCUCCGCGCCGCCUUCACCACGCUGUCCACCCUGGAGGAGGCGCCGGGGUCAGGGGGCGGCAGCAGGUACUGGACCGAGCCCUACCUCUAAGGCCCCGCGUCCCCCCGUCUACCUCAGUCCGUCUGUGUCGCUGCUGAGCUGAGCUACUCAUGAGUCUUAGCCAUGUGCUGAGACUAAUUUUCCGGUUGAAUAUAAUAGGAAAAUUAGGCUAAGGGGAUCCCGGCAGUCUAAGGCUCAUAAGAGGUUUUGAUUAAGUCUUUGCUGUAUAUUGAGAAUCGUUGAGACUCCUUAUGUUCUUAUGUUCGUAUUUUAUCCAUUGAAUGUACAGUAGUGUUCCAAAUAGCAUGAGAGGAUAUACCAUGAUUUGUGAGUUGUGCAAGCUAUGAAAUAUCGAGUCAUAGCGAUCUUGUAGGGCGAGCAGGUCUGAAUAGGACACAAUUCAGACCAAAAUGAACUUGGAUGAAAAAAUAAGCAACAAAUGUGAAAAUCAAACAGCUCAAAAAUGAUCUUAUAGGGCAAGCAGAUCAGUAAUAGGACAUAAUACUGAUCAAAAUGAACUUAGAUGAAAAAUGAAGUUGCAGAAGCAAAAAUCAAACAGCUCAGCCCAUAGAUCACACCACACUGAAUACCUUGACCCCAAACAGCACAAACUUCUGUACCAGCCAACUUUGAGCUAUGAAAAAGAAGUUACAGAAGCAAAAAUCAAACAGCUCAGCCCAUAGAUCACACCACACUGAAUACCUUGACCCCAAACAGCACAAACUUCUGUAUCCUCCAAAUUUGAGCUAUGAAAGAUUAGUUACAGAAGCAAAAAUCAAACAGCUGAGUCCGUAAGAUCACACCACACUGAAUACCUUGACCCCAAACAGCACAAACUUCUGUAUCCUCCAAAUUUGAGCUAUGAAAGAUUAGUUACAGAAGCAAAAAUCAAACAGCUCAACCCAUAAGAUCACACCACACUGGAUACCUUAACCCCAAACAGCACAAACUUCUGUAUCAGCCAACUUUGAGCUAUGAAAAAGAAGCAAAAAUCAAACAGCUCAACCCAUAAGAUCACACCACACUGAAUACGUUGACCCCAAACAGUAUGAACAUCCUUAUCCACCAAAUUUGAACCCUGAUAAAACAAGUAACAAGUGGAAAUCAAACAAAAUCAAACAGCUCAACCCAUAAAAUCACACUACACUAAAUACCUUGAAUCCAAACAGCACGCACUUCCAUAUCCACCAAAUCUGAACUCUGAAAAAAACAAGUAACAGGUGGAAAUCAAACAAAAAUCAAACAGCUCAACCCAUAAAAUCACACCACACUAAAUACCUUGAAUCCAAAUUGCACGCACUUCCAUAUCCACCAAAUCUGAACUCUGAAAAAAACAAGUAACAAGUGGAAAUCAAACAAAAUCAAACAGCUCAACCCAUAGGAUCACAUGCACUGAAUAUCAUAAACCUAAACAGUGCAAGCUUGUAUAUCCACCAAAUUCUUAAGCUCUUCGGAACACUACUGUAACAAACGACUUAGGCUUACGGGAUCCCAGUAGUUUAAGGCUCAUAGUAGCUUAGCCUGUAGCUCUAUAGACUCAUGUACUGUAUAGUUUUCCCUGUAUAACCCUAACACCCUCCCUAACUUUAACUUCGUUCAGUAUUUCCUAGAGUUACGCUGAGUGACCAGUUUCUCUUCGACAUUCCGUUUUUCGUUCCUUGGCUUCGUUUGGGUUGUUUGACUUUCCUGGAGGUUUGAGGUGUUUGUCAGGCUGGGCAUCUGUUUGUUUGUGAACUGUGUCCCUGUCUUCUUUUUUGUUUAACAUUCUUAUUCACAGUGGAAUAGAUGCUCGGCCUAACUCUGUACUAUCAACGGCCUCAGUGCCUCAAAAGUACACUGCAAACCUCCCUUAGACCAGAAAGUUUAUGCCUAACGAGUCUUUCUCUCACUGAAAAAGAGAAUUUGCUAUGUUGCUUUUUUUCUCUUACUCAUGUUGCUAAGAAAAAAUGAUGGAGUGAAAGAGAGAGCCGACUAUCUUCUCUCUUUCUGUUACUUUAUGAUGCUGAAAAGUGACUGAUGGAAAGAGAGAAUUGAGUAUCUUCAUUUCUCCUCAGUCACUAAUUAAGCUGGAAAAAGUGACGGAUUGAAAGAGAAUCGGACUAUCUUCUCUCUUUCUGUUACUUUAUGAUGCUGAAAAGUGACUGAUGGCAAGAGAGAAUUGAGUAUCUUUAUUUCUCCUCAGUCACUAAUUAAGCUGAAAAAAGUGACAGAUUGAAAGAGAAUCGGCUAUGUUCUUUUUUCUCUUCCUCAGUGACAGUUUGAAAGAGAGAAUUAACAAUCAUCUUUAUUUUUCUCCGUCACAAAUGAUGCGAGAAAAUUGGCCAUCUUCUCUUUUCUCUCUCACUGACAGUGCUGAAAAAGGUUACUGAUUGAAAUGAGAGAGAAUCCACCAUACUGUUCUUUUCUCUCAAGUGUAUUAUAUUUAGAGUAAGCGGUGUUGUUCUGUAUAUAUUAUUUAUCUCCAUUGGCCAACAGUGGUCGAGUUGUCUUACAUGCAAGUGUCAACUGAUAACGUCUUUUUAGGGGCCUGUUGUUACUGUUACGUUACUGCUUCCAUCCACGCCUUUCUCCACUUAGUAAACCCAUUGGUCGUUUUCCGUUAAACUGUUACAAACUUUUUUAAUACAGUAAUAAUACAGUAAGAAAAACUCUUUAAAAAAAAUUAGUUUCACUCUCUGCGUCUUAGGAUCUUCUGUGCACACUCCUCUCUUAGCAUCUUCAUGGAAUAGUGGAAGGGAAAGUUGCAGUCUGUUGUGGUUCUUUUAUCUUCAUCUGUUUUGUUGAGUUUACAAAUAAGUUUCAUCUCCUACAGUUUGGUCUUUAUAUUAGCUAACAUGAUUUUUAACUUCCUCCUUCUCCCCUAUUCUGAUUCUUGUCCUUAGUCAACCAAGGGAAGGGAAUCUUCCAGUCUGUUCUGGUUGACUUUAUAAAUACGUUUCAUCUUGUGGAGUUCUCAGUGUGCUAACAGUCUUGGCUUAGAACACACAGACAAAAAUCAUUAGUAUACUAGUUCUUUCUUAAUACAUAGAUUGAUUCACAUCAUUUUAUUACUCUGCAAGAAACAUAGCUAUAGUCACAAGGCUAAUAUGAAAAGAGCGCAAAUGAGAGAGCAAAUACUUCACUAAUAGUCCCAUCAAAUAUACAGGUUUCAGGAAGACAAUGUUCUGAGAGGAGUGUGUAUAAGCCUGGUCCUGAGAGGCACAAGGGAAGAACUGUUACUACUCAGAGAGGGAACAGGAACUACCAAGGGCAAGGAGACAAUGCAAUCCCUUGGUAGUGAUAAAGCAGUGUCCAAACCCUUCACUCUGGCUAUUUAUACACUUCCACAGUCCCCCUACUUGUUAAAUUAUUGGUUUGGUUUGUUGAGGCAGUUUAGCAUUCAACUCAAUCUUUUGUUAAUUCAGUUCAAUUCCCUGUAUUUACCCUUCACAAAGAAACAUUACAAGCGGUUCUCUCUCUCUUGUAAAGAUCUCUGUGGCUUGCUAUGAUGGAGACAAGCUCAGUAGUAAGGCACAGUAAUGGUAACAGUAACUAAUCAUGCUCUUUUGUUUAUCAGUCCACACAGCACUAACAAGCAAAACACUGCCCCAAAAGAAUAUAUGAUCAUGUCUUUAUUUAUGGGUACAGUUGGUCUCGCUUCUGCCGUUUAAAGAGUGAACACUGUCUAUUUUGAUAUUUUGCAAGUGGUAGACAAGACUUACAAGCAAAACACUGCCCCAAAAGAAUAUAUGAUCAUGUCUUUAUUUAUGGGUACAGUUGGUCUCGCUUCUGCCGUUUAAAAAGUGAACAGUGUCUCUCUUGAUAUAUUGCAAGUGGUGGACCAAGAAACAUCACAAGUCCAAUUAUAAACAACACAAGUCUCAGUGGUUCUGAGUCUUUGCUUACAGUGCUUCAAAAUAGACAGCACACUCAUAAAUGGUGGAAGCCAAGGCCUCUGUACAUGCAUUGAGGGUAUUACUGGAUGGCGGGUGAGUGCCGGGCAGCCGAUUCACCCACGCCAUGCAAAGGUCUAAAGGAGCAUUAAAGAACGAGCUGUGUUUAGAUUUUGUUUCUGUAUUUAUUUAUUUAUUAUUACUGCAUUCGAUGAGGUAAUGUGCUGUAUUGAUGACUUUAUUUCUUUAUUUGUUGCUGGAUAUCAUAAAAGCAGACAUAUGUACACACACACACACACACAUAUGAUAGUUAGAAAAGCGAGGUAGAACAGUUUCGAGCCAGGACCAAGCACCAUCAUCACCACCACCACCACCACAACCACCACCACUAUCACCACUACCACCACCAAGAAAAGAAGAUAACAACCUGAAGAACAAAACAACACAACCAUAACAGCAAGAUUAACAACAACAACAACCAGGCAGAAAAUAUAUUGUGUGCCUUUUACUUCUGUGCUCUGAAAUGCUCUUAGAAAAAACAGUAUUGAGCUUCUUUUACAGAGUUUUGAAGCAUGAUAUCGCCAACCUCGUCUUCUCUGUGUGGGCUAAAUUAUACAUACUUCCGUUAGUGUUUUGUUGUGUUGUCAAGAAUAUGGAUUGUGUUUAUCAGUUUGUCUCAGUGUGAUUUGCAACUUUUUUUUCUUAUUUUUCUUAUUUCUUAUACUCAUUCUUAUACUUCUUAUUCUGACCUCUCAUUUUUCUUUAUUUUUUUCUUUUUUAUUUUUUAUUUCUUUAGGGUGGCAUAUUUUUGGUAUCUUUUCUUUGCCAUUGAGCUGCAUCCUUCCCUGUAAAAAUAUCAUUGUAACAGUUAUUAUUUCUCUUAGUGGGCUUUUUUAUUAAUUUAUUUGUCCAUUCACUUAUGUUUUUGCCCUUGAGCUGCUUCCUUUCCUGUUAAAAAUCAUGCAACAGUUAGUGACAUUCGGUCAUGAUAUUCACUUCCUUGGCCCAAUGUUCAAGCUGAUGGGUCAUACUUCCACUCUUUACCAGCUUAAUGACAAAUCUCACCAUGAUAAUCAAAAGUCAGUCAUGUGGAGCUGUAAUAUUCACUUACUCGGCUGAUGUUUGAGUAGAUCGGUCACGUGCAAGCACUCUUUCACGGCUUAGCGAUUCAUCUUAGUGUGGUCUCGGUAUUCAGUUUUUCUUGUUUCUCCGUAAAAGGACUCAAAUCUAAAGUGACAGAGAAAUGUUAAUGAUAGAACUAGCUAUACUUGAUACUCUUUAAAAGUUGCAAGUGGAAGAAUUGUCCAAAAGCAUGUCAUAAGUUCCUGUUCAGAUGUAGAGGAGAGAAAUUGAGAAGAAAUAAAAAAAAGGAGGUUGAUUAUGAAAGAGACAAAAAGGUGAUAAAUGAUGAAAAGAGGAAAUUGUGAGAAGAGAAGGAGAUAAAUCAUGGAAAAUAAAAAGGGGGAUAAAUUGUUAGAAGAAAAAAGGGAAUAAAAAGUGAAAAGAGAGAGAGAGAUACAAAAACAGACUAAACUUGCUUCUAAAACUCACUCUGUAGUCAUUGGUUCUGUGUAAUUCCAAAGACAGAAAAAGAGGGAUACAAAAACAGACUGUAUAAAAACAUUCACUUCAUAAAAUCAUUGGUUCUUUGUAAUCUCAAAAAUCUCUGUCGCUCCUUGUCUCUGGGCCGGCAAAUGUGUGUUCCCCUCAUCACGUUGUUGCCAGAGUUUGCUUCCUUCCUCCGCCUCAGCUGUGGAGGUUGUCAAGGAGAGCUGCUCUGGCCGCCCAGGAACAUGUCUCUGUUGUGUAGAUUCAUGUGUGUGAACGUUAUACUAACAGAGACCCAUGUUACACCCCCACCCAGCCUGGAGGGAAACACUAAGCUUGACUGGUGAAGAUUGCAAGGAGCGAGAGUGACUUUUUGGGGUCUACGCUUAACUAUGAGUGAAAGUUUUCAAGAUUCACAAAAUUAUAGAUCUGACGAAAAUGACAAGAAACGAGAAUGGCCUUUAGAGUUUGUCAGUUAGCCAUAGGUGAAAGUUUUUAAGGUACACAAUAUUAUAAAGAGUAUAAGUUUGUGAAUUGAAAGUCAUGUCAUUCUGCUGUUUAAUUCUUUAUGUCAGAGUUCAUUUUACUUUAAAAAUAGUGAUGCACUUUCUUUGCAUUUCUGUGGAUGAACGUUCUGAAGAAACACAAAAUAAUAAAAAAAUAUGAGUUAGUAAAUUAAAGCUGUCUCAAACUCAAAUUUUUCAUAUCAUAGUCUAUGCCUCUCUUAAAAUGGUACUGCACUCUUUUGAUAUUUCUAUAAUAAAUUAAUAAGUAAUGUAUUAGCCUUUUGACACAUAUGUUUACUGGAGAAACUAGACAUUACAGUGAUAAUAUUGUAGUUGUGACACCAUGCAGUAAUGCUCCAAUCGGUCAGCCAAUCAUUAGUAAUAUUGCAGCUAAAAAUGGAGUAAGGCCUUUCACAUAUUGAAACAGUUAUUCGACAGUCAUAUUAACAAAUACAUAAGGAGUGUACAAGAAGCUCAUCAGCUUACUUGUGGCAGCUCAUGAAAAUCAAUCAUUUAUAUUUUUUUACAGUAAAGAAAGCAGCUCAAGGGCAUGAAAAAAGACCCACUAAUUAUUAUUCCCACAAAGAAGAAAAUUAAUGUUUGAACGGAGUGUUGAAUUCAGUUAGAGAGGUGUCCAAACUGUUUAUCACCAACAUCUGUAAAUCUGUUUCUUCUCUUACUUCUCUUAUCACAAUUCAUUUCCUUUUUUUUCCUUUUCAGAAUUAUCUCCUUAUUUUUCUUUUCACACUUUACCUUUUCCUUCUUUCUUAUGAUUUCUCUUCUUUAAAGGCAGAAUAAAAACCUUUCCUUUCCCUUUGAAACAUUUGUAUUCUCACCACUGACUGUAUUGUUUGUUCCACUCAUAUCCACUGAAUCAAGACUUGGAAGCAUAAUAUCACCUUUCAUCUGGGUGUGCAGCUGACAUCACCCUAUGACAAUAUGACCAGUGGCAGGAGAACACAGUGCGAUAUGAAGGCUGUGUAAUAUGUCCUUGUGUUGUUAUUACUUGAGUCCACCUUUAGAAACAUAACAUUUUCAGUCUCUUAUACGUGAAGCUUAUGACACAGGAAGGACACAGUAGAAUGUGAAAACAGGGUGAUAAGCGCCUGUGUUGUUUCUUGCGUUGUUUAUGGUAGUGCGAAGUCCUGGUUGCUUGUAAGGUGUAUGACUAAUGGUUGGCGAACACAGUGUAAUAUGACCACAGUGUAAUAAGUGGUUGUGUGGUGUUUUGUGGUGGUGUUCUGCUAGAUUGAUAAUGUUGAAAAAUGGUGUUGUGUUGUUCUGUGUGUUUGGUGUGGUGGUGUGAAGUUCUGGUUGGCUGUAAGGUCUUGUUCUGCUAUACUGAUGAUGUUGCAAAAUGGUGUUGUAUGUUGUGUGUGUGUGUGUGUGUAUCAAAACAGGAUAUUCUGAGUUUAUGUCUUCAUCUAGUCAGGCCAUAAGCUUAGUAGUUGUUAAUGGGACAGGGAAGCCAUGCAGUAAAGGAAGCAAAAGAAAAAUACUUCACUGAUAUAUGGUUGGAAGAGGUGCUAAAAAUCUGGCCUUGAUGGUAUAACAUUUUGUGUCUCCAUUAGUGUCAAGGAAUUUGAUGAACUUUGCUCUGAUAACUUGAAUCUCAGACAUGGUAGAAGGAGGAGAAGUUGAGAGAUACAAUGAAAAGUGAUUGAAAGAUGGCCUUUUUAGUAUAACCAUUGUGUAUUUUCCUUCAUUAAGUUUUUAUGUCUGUAGAUUGUGACUCAUUUUUCUUUUAUCAUUUGAAAAUACAAGAUAUACAACAAAAAAUAUAUGUAAAUAGCUUCAGGCCUUAGAAACUGGAAAUGGUGCUUGAAGUUUAACUCUUUGUUUAACCAUUUUUCAGUAUUCUCCAUCAUAACCCUUUAGAGUUUGACCUUUUCUCUUGUAAUAUAAAAAGGGAAAUCACUCGGAACUUCAGACAUACAAGGAAGGGUGCUUGAAAACAUACCCUUCUUUAUGUAUAACAAUCUGUAUAUUCCCUUUCACCGAGUUCCCUGUAAAAUUCAACUAACCUUACAACCACAAAACCCAAGAUAAACAACAGGAAAUAACAGAUAACGAAUUUCAAGCAUAGACAAAAAGGAGCUUGAACAUAACCAACCACACAAUCAUAAAACCCACAACAAAUGACAGAACAGAGAAGCAUAAGAUAAGGGAUUUCAUGCAGAGUUUAAAGGGUGCUUGAAACGUAACCUUAGUAUUGUAACCUCUUUGUGUUCAUGGGCGUUCGUGUUCGUGUCCCCGCUGAGGGUGACAACACGGGCGCCCGACUGUCCCACCCCGUUAUGGAUUGUGGCAUUCACUCAGGGGUGCAAGGGAGGGGGUGCCGGAUGAGUCUCCACCUCCCUAGUCCCCCCUUUUUACCCCUACUCUCUCUCUCUCUCCCAUUCUCGCUCUUCCUUCUAACUCCAAAUCAUCUCAUAUCUCUAUUUCUCAUCCUGUUUCUUAUUUUUCCCUCCCUUGCUUCCCUCUGUCCUUGCGUUCUUCUCUUCUUUCCUCCAUUCCUACUUCUCUCUCUCCCUCCAGUUCCUCAUUUUCCCUUCCUACCUCCUUUCCUUCCUUAUGUUCUUCCUGUCUCUUCUCUCUUAACCUUCAAGUUUCUUCCUCUCCAUCCUUUUCCUAGUUCUCUUUCUCAUUUCUUCAUUUACCCCUUCUUCCUUUUACCUCCUUUCUCUCUCUUUCCCUUUUGGUCCCUCAGGUUCCUCUUCUCUCUCCUCUCCUUACUUAUUCAUUUCCUCAUCCUCUCCUUCCCUUCAGUCCCUCAUACUUCCCUUCCCCUCCUUCCCUAGUCCUUCUCUACCCUCCUUUCUAACUUUUUCCCUUCCCUUCCUCUCCAAUUUAGUCCCAUUUCCUUCUUCUCUUCUUCCUUGUAACCUAUUUUUCCUGUCCUCUUUCCCUUCCUUAGUCUCUUUUCCACAUUUUCUUUCUUAUAACACCAUUUUCCUCCCCCCUCCUUUCCUCCCUAAUGUUCCUCCUACCUCUUGUCUCUUUUCCCCAAGUUUCUUCCUCCAUCCUUCUUUUCCCUCCUCCUCCUUUCCUCCCUAAUGUUCCUCCUACCUCUUGUCUCUUUUCCCCAAGUUUCUUCCUCUCCAUCCUUCUCCUUUUCCCUCCCCCUCCUCCCCAUUCCCUUACUUCCUUCCCUUCCCAAUGCUCAAGUCUGUGUAGUGUUUAAGUCUUGCUGCGUCAAGGCGUAGAGAGUAUUUAUAUAUAUUUAAAUUAAUUAUUGAGGGGCGAAGGAGAGGCAACAGCUUCCCCACAGCCCCUCGCACACCCUUAAUUAACACGGCUCCCCCUGUAUCAAACUGUAUAUGUGUAAGCGUGAGGCCCCUCGUGUAGCUGUAUAUAUUACUGUAUCCGUAGACCCUCCUGAGGAAAUCUAUCAAUAUUAUAUAGUGAUUAUUAUUAUUAUUAUUAUUAUUAUUAUUAUUAUUAUUGUAACAUUUUAAUAAAGUUUAUGCGUAUU